UGCUUGGAUGAGUCGGCUUCAGUGACUGCGGAUACCAUUCUUAGUCUUCCAUGGGCAUUGUUGGUUGUUCAUUGUAUUUUGAUUGGAUGCUGAGAAGGUGCUGCUGGCUUUCUUGUUGAGAUCUACUACUGCAUAGCCUCCAGAUUUCUACAUUCCCUUAUUUAAGGGGCAAGGGACCUUCAUACGUUUGUGGAUCUUCAGUGAAUCUCCAAGAUGGAUAGACCGUGAAUUUCCCUUAAUUUCUUUGACUCUCUCCAUGCAGCCCAUGGCUGACUGAGUGGUAACUCUUUCCAAAGUCACUUUCAAUUCCAAAUUACAGACAACAACUACAGUGCCAACACAAUGCAGAAGCAAGUGGAGGUCAGAAUGCAUGAAAGCCAUUUGGAGCCCAUCGUGGAGCCUCCUCAGCCUAUGUGUUGGGGAAUAUGCAGCAAAAUCAUGAAUAACUUGGUUCUUUUCCUCACCAUCCUUGGGGUGAUCGUUGGCUCUGUUUCUGGAAUACUACUGCGUCCCAUGUCGCCGCUCCCCCCUGAUGUGAUCAUGGUCAUCUCGUUCCCAGGAGACAUCCUGAUGAGGAUGCUGAAGAUGCUCAUCCUGCCCCUGAUCAUCUCCAGUCUCAUCACAGGACUGGCGGGGUUGGAUGCCAAGUCCAGUGGUCGCCUGGGCACCAGAGCCAUGGUUUACUAUAUGUCCACUACGGUAAUCGCUGCCGCUCUGGGCGUCCUUCUGGUGCUGGUCAUCCACCCAGGGAACCCCAAGCUGAAGUCCAACCUCGGACCGGGCAAGAAGAACGACGACGUCUCCAGUCUGGAUGCCUUCUUCGAUCUCAUUCGAAACCUUUUCCCAGAAAACCUGGUUCAGGCCUGCUUCCAGCAGAUCCAGACUGUCACCACAAAAGUCCCCGUGCCUACCAACAGGACCAGGGGUCCACCACAGUUUACCAUCAAAAAGGGUCUCCAGUACAAGAGUGGGAUGAACGUGCUAGGUUUGAUUGGGUUCUUUGUGGCUUUCGGGAUAAUCAUGGGGAAGAUGGGAGAAAAAGCCAGGCUCAUGCUGGAGUUUUUUAACGUUCUCAAUGAGAUCGUCAUGAGGAUUGUUGGCAUGAUUAUGUGGUAUUCCCCUUUCGGUAUUGCCUGUCUCAUCUGUGGGAAAAUCAUCUCAAUCGAUGAUCUGGAAAUGGUUGCCAGGCAACUGGGAAUGUACAUGGUGACCGUGAUCGUGGGCCUUGUCAUCCACGGUGCCAUAUUUCUACCACUAAUAUACUUAGUCAUCGUCAAGAAAAACCCCUACGUCUUCUUCAUGGGCAUCUUCCAGGCCUGGGUCACCGCUAUUGGGACAGCAUCUAGCGCUGGCACCCUGCCAGUCACAUUCCGCUGUCUGGAGGAGAACCUGGGCAUCGACAAGCGAGUGACGCGAUUCGUGCUCCCCGUGGGCGCCACCAUCAACAUGGAUGGCACUGCGCUUUACGAGGCUGUGGCAGCCAUCUUCAUCGCCCAGAUGAACAACAUCGACCUCGACUAUGGCCAGAUCGUCACUGUCAGCCUGACAGCUACCUUGGCCAGUGUGGGAGCAGCCAGUAUCCCCAGCGCUGGAUUGGUGACCAUGCUACUGAUCCUAACAGCCGUUGGGUUACCUACCCAAGAUAUCAGUCUGUUGGUUGCCGUCGACUGGCUGCUGGAUCGGUUCCGAACCUCCGUCAACGUGGUUGGGGACUCCUACGGGGCGGGUAUCGUAUACCACCUAUCCAAAGAUGAGCUCGACGCGUUUGACGCCGCGCAAAAAGUUGAUGAAUUUGAGUUGACAAAAUCCCAAUCCUUCUUGGAGAACAACACCAACCAGUGUGUUUACGCUGCAGCCCACAACACAGUCAUGAUAGAUGAUUGCAAGGUAUCCAUGGGCAAUGGAAACGGCCAUCCCAACGGCCACACCAACACUGCAGAUUUCUCUCUUGUUGAGGAGGAACCAUGGAAACGAGAGUAAAGCAGCACCUUGCUCCGCCUCAUCCUGACUUCCACAAGCUUCCCUUCCUGACCAAAAUAAAGAAAGUAACCACACCUAGCCCUGUAACCACUAGCUUUGGUGCACUUCCUGUGGUCUGAAUGUGGUCAGUUCAUUGACUAUGGGAUGAAGCUGCCCCUCCCACAAACAACGUAGGCACCACAAGUUAAAAAUGACCUAUCCACUUGUACCUAUCGUAAACAAUUGUCUCAAUUAGAUUAGGACUUCCAAAUGACAUUGCUUAACCUGUGCUGGUGCUUUGUAAGGCACUGUUUAGUGUGAUGGACCCAUUCAGGUGGCUGUAUUCUGAAUCUGUUUUAGUGUGAUGGACCCAUUCAGGUGGCUGUAUUCUGAACCUGUUUAGUGUGAUGGACCCAUUCAGGUGGCUGUAUUCUGAAUCUGUUUAGUGUGAUGGACCCAUUCAGGUGGCUGUAUUCUGAACCUAACUCGACACUGCAUGUUCUCUGAUAUACGCAAUGCAGCACUUUUGUUGCUGCACAACCUUUUGGGGAAAAAGCAAUCCUUCUCUGUGUUUUAUGUAUAACAAAUGUAGGGGUUUUGUUAGCGCCUGAGGCAGAUCAGAGAAUGUGUGCUCAUGGGAUGUGGCCUUGUCAGUUGUAUAGAAGGACCAGUUUAGGAGUGUUAUGAUGGGAAGCCCCUCCUUAGAGAACUAUUCUGCCAGUCAUUAUUAUUCCUGUCAUGAGUUGUGCAGGGUCACAACCUCAUAGCUAUGUUCCAGAAACGCUUGAUGUUCCAGGGAUUGCUGGAUAUUCAGUGGUGGUCGAUUCAAUUUUCUACGGUUUCCAGAGUGGCUUUGACGCUUUCUAAAACCUGCUGCCUUCUAAUAGCACUAAUAAUAAAAUUACUUAAAGAGCCUUGGUAAUGCAAAUUUUCUUAAAGAUAAAACAAGUGCAAAACGCCAAGGCAAACACUGAACUAUCUAAAAAAAGCCCUUGACUUUACUACUGCCUCUUGUUGCAGUCAACCCAUAGCAGUGAACAGGUUCUGAAAACGUUACCGUAACAACAACCCCGCAGCAAAGGGAAGUAGAAUGUUGACUAUGUGGCGUCCCCAGGGCCAGAAUAAAAGGAAGUGCCGGUUGUUGAAGAAGCUGCAAUACCUUUGACUGUUUUGACUUUGAGGAUUAAACUCUGGCAUCGGCACACAUGAUCAGCCUCUAAGCACUGGAGCUUACCUCUGGACUUAACAUCACUAAAUGCCUCCAAAUGUGGCUGCUGCGUAUUUAUAGACAGCCAACGACGCAAGGUGCAUAUGGACAGCAUUAGGAAGACAUGUGCAGAGGCAGGUAGAGUAUUUAAUGCGUUCCCUCCCCUGGCUGUUAGAGUACAAACACACCAACAAUUAAUAUAUUAUAUAUGUUUUUGUGUGUGUGUGUCUGUAUAUACUGUAUGUGUGCAUUUGAGUGUGUG